AGGGCUCAGGACGCUGAGCGCUGCAGCUGCGGAGUGUCUCUCCCAAAGAGCGGCGGCCGCGGGAAGGAGGACGCUAAGGACAACCUGACGCACCUACUCCUGACCACCGCCAGCAAGUGCUGUCUCGGCUCGCACUGCACCCUAGGCCCCGCCACCCACAGCCCAGAGGAGCCCAGAUGAUGGAAAGUGUGCAGGAGCUGAUCCCUUUGGCCAAGGAGGUGAUGGCGCAGAAGCCCCGCGGGAAGCUGGUGAAGCUGUACGUGCUGGGCAGUGUGCUGGCUCUCUUCGGUGUGGUUCUCGGCCUGGUGGAGACCGUGUGCAGCCCCUUCACAGCGGCCAGUCGUCUGCGCGACCAGGAGGCAGCAGUGACAGAGCUGAGGGAAGCUUGCGAGCAACAGUCCCUCCACAAGCAGGCCCUGCUGGAAAGAAGCAAGGCACAGGAGGUGGAGACCCUGAGUAGCCGGGUCCUGUCCCUCAGGCAGCAUGCCUCCUAAGGAGGCGACUGGCAGAGGAGGGAGACAAAGACAAAGAGACAGAGAGACCAUGACUCCGGUGGGAGAGAGCAGAGUAUCGCGCUGUUCCCAGAAGGCACCGAAUCCAGAACUGACCCAGCACAGAUCACCCAAGGGGUCUGGGAUUGACUUUUGCUGCUAUGUAGCAUGUACUGUGAUUUGUCCAAGGUUGUGGGAGCGAUCAAGGAGCUAUCAUUUUGCAUUAGGGAAGGAGAUGCGCUUUUUAUACUGUUAUUUUUAUUGUUGUUAUUAUUAUUAUUAUUAUUACGAUGACUACCGUUUUUCAUUUUGAAAUA